CCAGAGACCAUUUGUCUCGUCUGCUGUUGCUCCCAGAAACGAGAGCCGAGAGCCUGGGACUGUUCUUGUGGGUGCCAGCUUGUGAAUCUUGCCCCUGUGCUUGGUGGUCCGGAGUUCGAAGACCACGCCUUUUCCAGCCAGACCUUCUCCCCGCACUCGCGCUUUCGCCGAACGAUGCCCGCUUUCGCUCUGACCCCCAAUGGACAAACCCAACGCUCUGCCUGAAACUUCUUGACACCGCGAUAAUCCGAAGACUGUACCUAUCUUGAGCCUGACACCCUUGCCGGGUGCGAUGUCAAGGCCAUGGAGGCCGAUUGGGAUGAACUGUCGCGCAUUCCGGUGCCUGCACCGAGCGUGCAUGCCCUGCCGACAAUCGCAACCGCAAUAGCUUUUGAUGAUGUGAUGGAGUUGUUGUGGGUGGGAAAUGAAUUUGGACGAAUCACCUCCUUCUUCGGCCCUGAGCUCCAGCGAUAUACCUCUGUCCGGGCACAUCCUGCGACAGAGCCGGUACGGCAGAUUAUUUUUCACGAUAGAGGCGUCAUCUCGCUCUCCCCGAAAAGUGUGCACAUGAUAACACGGCGCGGCUUGACACAAUGGCAUAUCGCUCACGAAGAGAUGACCGAUCUCCGCUGCAUGAGCUUCACAGCCCAAACCAACCGAAUUAUAGUGGCAGGAUGUCAGAAAUCGAUGUUUACAAUUGAUAUUGACAAGGGGAUCAUAAUCGACAAGCUACACACAGACUAUAACUACACAAUCAUGAAGAAGAGCCGAUACCUUUGCGGAGCGACAGAUACGGGCUCCGUCAACGCGCUGAGCCUGAACGACUUCAGUGUGGUGAAGUCGUGGAAAGCACACGGAACUGCAGUCAAUGAUAUGGAUGCUCGGAACGAUCUUUUGGUUACCUGCGGCUUCUCUGUCAGGCAUCUGGGUUCCCCGAUCGUCGAUCCGUUGGCCAAUGUAUACGACCUAAAGACCCUCUCGCCGUUACCCCCUAUACCAUUCCACGCCGGAGCUGCGUAUGUACGAAUGCACCCAAAGCUGCAUACAACGAGUUUUAUUGCAUCUCAGACAGGCCAGCUUCAAGUUGUGGACCUGAUGAACCCGAAUGCCAUCAAUCUUCGCCAGGCGAACGUUUCCUUCAUGCUUGGUAUCGACUUGUCACCAUCCGGAGAAGCACUGGCUAUAAAUGACGCUGAAUGUGCGAUCCAUCUAUGGGGAUCACCAGCAAAGGUUCAUUUCAAUGAGAUGAGCAAAGAGGCGGAAUUCGGGGAUGUAGCCCCUCGUCCCCCUACCCUGGAUUGGUCUCCAGAAACGCCCCUGAACAUGAUUGGCAUGCCAUAUUAUCACGACCGUCUUUUCUCUGCGUGGCCGAGCCAUCUGAUCUUUGAAGUCGGCAGCCCCCCUCCUCAAGUAGAUCAGGCUCUGAUUCCUUAUCUCCGCCCGGCAGAGCUCGGUCACCAUGCGCCGAAUCCGAAGAAGACACGGCGUUAUCAAGUCGAGAACACACGCGCUUUGUCGUCUGCUGAGCCUGCUCUUAUUGCUCCCAAGUUCUUGAGUGAGAAAGCACGAGAGCAGAAUAAGGCACAAUCAGAAGGGGCCAUCAGUGAUGCUGCCGAGGCUCUGGCGGGUGCCAAAAUCAAUGGAGAAACGGACGAUGAUCCUCUCCUUAAAUACAGCAAUGUUGAGAUCAAGUACAGUAGAUUUGGUGUCGAUGAUUUUGACUUCAGAUUCUACAACCAAACGGCGUUUUCUGGAUUGGAAACACAUAUUGCCAAUUCCUUUACCAACGCUCUUCUUCAGCUUUUCAAAUUCAUCCCUUAUAUCCGCAACGUGGCUCUCCAUCAUGCAGCAAGUUCCUGUAUUUUCGAGACAUGUCUGCUCUGCGAGAUGGGCUACCUAUUCGAUAUGCUCGAGAAAGCGAGCGGCCAGAACUGCCAGGCAACGAACCUACUGAAAACCUUCAGUAGCUACCGUGAAGCAUCCAACUUGGGUCUGUUUGAAGAAAACCUUACGAACAAGUCACUUUCGGCUGCGAUUCAGGCUGUCAACAGAUUCUUCCUGGGUCAAAUUUCGCACGACUUCCGUAUGAUCUCGCCGAGCUCGGACGACCUAGACCACAGACUAGCGACAGUCGCGUCCGAGUCCAUUCGCUGUAUGUUCUGCCAGAACGAGAUCGUGAGACCGGGGAACUCCCUUGUCAACGAGCUGAACUAUCCUGCCAUCGAUAUCAAGCAAGCUCGCAGAAAUCCUGCCUUCCGGUUCUCGAAUAUCUUACGGGCCAGCAUUGAGCGAGAAACCCAGAAUAGAGGAUGGUGCAACUACUGCCGUCGAUACCAGCAAGUUGCUAUCCGGAAAUCAGUUCACCGCAUGCCCCAGGUCUUGAUGCUGAAUGCGGCUCUCACCAACCCCAUCUGCCGGCGGCUGUGGGCUAUUCCUGGGUGGUUGCCGGAAGAAGUUGGAAUCGUCAUCGACGGUGGUCAAAUUCUAUGCUUCGAAGGUGAAGACCUAAAAGUACGAAUCCAAGCCAAGAUGCCAGGUCUCGUGGUAUAUGAUCUGGUGGGUUUGGUUUGUGAGAUCGAUAUUCCGGAGCACCAAAAGGCACAUCUAGUCUCUUUUAUUAACGUAUCCAUCUCAUCUCGUGAACCGGAAGCCAAGAACAAGUGGCAUCUUUUCAACGACUUCCUUGUUACAGAAGUCGACAAAGACGAAGCCCUCCGCUUCAAUCAGCCUUGGAAAAUACCGUGCGUGCUAGCCUACCAGGUGCAAGAUGGUCGACAUGCUAUGGAUGAUACUUGGAAAGACACGCUCGAUACCACUCUUCUCUUCCGUGACUGGUCGCUAAAUGGUGGCCGUCCGGUAGAAUCUCGCGUCACGCUCUCCGAAGAGGAGAAGCCAACCCCUGGUACGCCUGUUGCUCUCGAUACCGAGUUUGUCGAUCUCGAGAAAGCAGAAAUCGAUGUGAAAGCGGAUGGCUCUCAGGAAAUUGUACGCCCCAACAAGAGCGGACUUGCUAGGGUAUCUGUUCUCCGAGGCUCAGGGAUUCGAGAAGGUGUGCCCUUCAUCGACGACUACAUCACCAUCAAAGAGAAUAUUGUCGAUUAUGUCACUCAAUACUCAGGCAUCAAGCCCGGGGAUCUGGACCCUAGGGUCAGUCAGCACAACCUUGUCCCGCUGAAGGUGGCAUACAAGAAACUCUGGCUGCUCCUCAAUUUAGGUUGCGUGUUUGUUGGACAUGGCUUAGCCUCUGAUUUCCGCAAAGUCAACAUUCAAGUUCCCAAGAGUCAGACGGUAGAUACCCAAUACUUGUUCUUCCACCCUGGAAAAAACCGCCGUCUCAGUCUUCGGUAUCUGGCCUGGGCGGUAUUCAAGGAAUACAUCCAAGAGGAACCGGCCGAUGACAACCAAGGACACGACUCCAUCGAGGACGCACGCAUGGCCCUACGUCUAUGGAAGAAAUUCAAAGAAUACGAAGAUGCAGGUAUUGUGUCUCAAAUAUUGGAAGAGAUUUUCCGCGAGGGUUCCAAGCUUGGAUUCCGACCCCCUCCCAGAAACGGUGUCCCAACCGUGCUCUCCCGCCCCGGAACGGCGGUUACGAUGCAGAACAACAGCGGUCGCAACACUCCUAGCACGUCUGAUGUUGUUGGCGCCGCUGCUAGUGCCCCAGCCACACCCAGACAGGCCUUCCGACGCUCCAUCGCUCUGACGCCCAGCAACGGCAGCUUUGCUGGCCCUGGAGCGGGUGACUUCUUCAGUGGAAGUCCCCUGAAGUGAACAUCUCCGCCCGAAUCUGGGUAUAGGUCUUUAACGACGUUUCUUUAUGAUAUUAUCGAUUUGCUAUAUCGACCAGUUCUGGAAGUCUUAAGAAGAUAGAGGCGACAUUUGGAUGUCCUGUCAUAGUUGGCUAUACAUGAAGUAAAUUUGGGAGUGACAUCAGAGUCGCUCGAUAGAUAGAAAAUACCACAAUUAUUCUG